UCAAAAAUGGACAGAGUGUGUUCAGAGACUAAUGAAGAAAAUGAAAAUAUAGAGAGAACUGUUAGAAGACGUCAUUCCUCAAUUUUGAAACCUCCAAGGAGUCCUCUUCAGGAUCUCAAAGGUGGGAAUGAUGCAGUUCAGGAUUCAAAUGUAAUGAAAAAUAGGAAAAGUUCUCGCCGGGUCAGCUUUGCAGAUACUAUAAAGAUAUUCCAGACAGAAUCUCAUGUGAAAAUAUCAAGAAAGUCGGAAAUUGCAGGGAUGAACACAUUGCUUUGUGCCCCCAUUCAGAAUCAGAUGCAACAGAAAGAGUUCUCAAUUAUAGAACACAACCAUGAAAGGAAACCUGGAAAUGACCAGACAAUCAUCUUUUCAGAUGAAAACCAGAUGGACCUGACAGCAAGUCACACCGUGAUGAUUGCCAAAGACCUUUUAAAUUGUACCCAAAGUGAAAAAUCUACCAAGAUAGAUACUAAAUCAUUUCUGGCUAACUUAAAGCUUCACUCUGAAGAUUCAAAGAUGAAGAAUGAAUUAAAUGUUUCCAUGGAUCAAGAUACAUCUUCAGAAAAGAAAAUAAAUUUCAAUGACUUUAUAAAAAAAUUGAAAAUGGGAAAAUCUAAUUCUCCUUCUAAAGAUUCUGAUAAAGAAAAUUGUGAGCCAUCUGUUCAUGCCAAUGAAUCAAAUAAUGCUUCGUCUAUACAUCAAAUGCAUGUAUCUCUGAAUGUUGAUGAGGAUAACCGUAAUAGGACUAGAAUCUUUAGAGAACAAGAUGAUGUAAUGAACUUCACCCAAUGUCAUACAGCUAAUAUUCAGACUUUGGUUCCUAUAUCUUAUGAGGCCAGUUUAAAAGAAGUUAAAGGUGAUGAUAUUACAAUUUAUGGGAGUGAAGUUAUGGACUUGACAAUUAACCACACUAUACAGAUUUUACCCACUGCAGAUCAUUUAUCAGAAAUGGAAAUUGAAACUCAGAAUGUCAGAAUGGAUGUUACAAGUUGUGGAGAUAAAUCUCAAGGAAAGGAGAAAAUAUUUAAGAAUAAACUGAAUACUCUAUUUCAAGAUUCUACCUUAAGCCCUGAAGAUGAAAUACAAAUUACCAGAGGUUAUAUUGUGGGAGCAGGAUCCCACACAGUCACACAGACCUCUAACCAAGAUGUCAAAAAUUUGCCCAUGACCUUAGAAUCAAUAUGUUCCAGUUCAGCUAGUCAAGAUUAUAAUACACUAUUUAAUUCCAGUUGUAAUGAUGCCAUGGAACUGACCAAGUGUGUCUCAAGUAUGAGAAAAGAGGAAAAUGUACUAAAGCACGAUAGUAUUUAUUCUAAAAUGUGUCCCAAUUCAGAUGCCAUCUCUCUUAUAGAAAAAACUUUUUAUUUUGGAGAAGAUAGCAUGGAUAUUACCAAAAGUCACACAGUUGCCAUAGAUAAUCACGUUUUUAAGCAAGAUGAGACAAAUUUACAGAAAGUGGCUGCACCAAUAUCUGAAAAAGAAAAAAUGCUCCAAAACUGCACAGCUGUGGCAGAAAGUAGGAAAAUGAAUGUAAAUUGUAGUUCAGUUCUUCAUAUACCUAAGAAAAGAUUACAGCAGAGCCUAACAAAUUCUUUAUCAAUUCCAUUGACUGAUAGAAAGACUGAACUCUUCACAGAUGAAGAUAUGGAUUUGACUAAAUGUCACACAGGCAAAUUAGGAAGUCAAACUCCUCUUGCAUCUUAUGAUCUAGCACCGAAGGAUACAAGUAAAUGUCACUCUUCCAACAAAAGACUUUCAGAUAAAUGGGAUGUGACUGAACAUCACAUCGAACCAUCCCCACAACCAAAUGUGGCAUCUGAAAAUAUUGUACCUACCACCUGGGACAAAGAAAAACAUCACAUUUUCAAGAUGUCAUUCCAUCUUGAUAAAGAUUCUCCUCAGUCAAUUGGUUAUAAGCAGAAUAUAGCAAAAGCUCAAAAUAUAAUCUCUGGGAGAGAUCUUGAUAAACAAGUGGCACUGGGGAAUAAUAGAAAUGUAGUUUCAUGGGAGCAAUCUUUGUUUUCGGCCGCAAAACCUUUAUUUUUAUCAGAAAGACAAGCACUUGUGAACAAUCAUAUUACUACUACUAAUAGUCAUACACUGAUAGCUGAACCAGACGAGAAUUCUAAACUGCCUGAGCCACUGAGGAAAAGUUUAGGAAGGCCCACAACUAUCUCUUCUGAUGACAGGAUGGUUUCUUGUUCAGCAGAGGAACAAACUAUGGAUUUAACCAAAAGUCACACUGUUGCCAUUGGAUGUGGUCCUUCUGAAGCACAAAUAUUUGGUAGCUCUAAUUUAGAACACGCUAACAGUCAGCUAACAAUAGAAAGCACACAGAUGGCUGUAAAAGUUGAAAAAUGUAAUAAAACUCAUGUAGAAAAAACUGAAACAUCUAUAUCUAAUGAUACAGAAGUAAUAGAUGACAAACUUGUACAGAAACCUGGAUUUCUGGAUGAAAAACAAAGUGCCAAAACUUAUGGAAGGAAAAGUGUUGGUGCAUUGAAGAUGGACAAAACUAUUGUAUUUUCAGAGAGUGAUCAAAAUGAUAUGGAUAUCACUAAGAAUUAUACAAUAGAAAUAAGUAAGAGACCUUUAUCAGAUGAACAAGAUUCUGAUUUGGUGCCUUUGCCAAAAACUUCUAGAACCAUUUUGUAUACGCGCGGACAGGAUGACAUGGAGAUGACUAGAAGUCUCACAACUGCCUUAGAAUGUAAAACUGCCUCACCAGAGGAAGUAACGACUAAGCUUGUGGAUAAGACUGUAAUGUUUGUAGACAAUCAUGAUCUAGAAAUGACAAAGUGCCAUACUGUUCUCAUUGAUUACCAAGGAAAGGAGAAAACAAUGCUUCCAAUCAAACCCAAUUUUGAGCUACCACAAAUGGAAAGAAUAGGGACACUGAAAGUGAUAUCUGAUGAGAGCAGGGUUUUUUUCCCAGAGGUUGGUGAAAAUGACCCUCUUGCAGUAAAAGGCAGCCAGCUAACAGUACCAGGCAAAUGGUCUAAUAGACCUAUAGAAAAUGCUGUAGCAUGUAUAGGUGAUGAGAACAUUGAGAUGUCUAAAUCAGUGACCCGGGAGAAUGACAAACACAAGCCUGGGUUUCUGAAGGUACCUCAAUCAGACAAAAAUCAGAGAAGGAAAAGCCUCAAGAUUAAAAAUGAUAAGACUAUUAUAUUUUCAGAGAGUAAUAACAAUAAUAUGGACAUAACCCGGAGUUGUAUGGUAGAAGUCAAUCAUAAAAGUGCCCAAGAAGAUCAAGAGGACUCUCACUUGAUGCCCAUGGCAGAAACUUCUAAAACUGGUUUGUAUGCAUGUGGACAGGAUGACAUGGAGAUGACUAGAAGUCACACAACUGCCUUAGAAUGUAAAACUGCCUCACCAGAGGAAGUAACUACUAGGCUUAUGGACAAGACUGUAAUGUUUCGAGACAACUGUAAUGAUCUAGAAGUCACCAAGUCCCACACUGUUUAUAUUGAUUAUCAAGCUAUGGAGGAAGUACUUCCAGAGGGCCCUAAAUUUGGACUCAUAAAAGAAAAGAACUUCCCUAUUUCUUUUCCUAAGGAAGAUAACACUGCUCAAAAAACCAGUACCAAACAGGUACAAGCCAUAGAAAACAAAAUGAUUUCUCACCCUGAGCAAAAGCAUCCUAUGGUACCCUUUGUUUCUACUAAGAUUUUGUCUGGGGAUGGAGAUGAAAUGGAAACCACCAAAUUCCAUAGCACUUAUGCAGAUGAAGAAGUCAUGGAGAAGGUUGUGGAUUCAGCCUGUAUGUUGGGGAAAACGAAAAUUGAAAGUUGUCGCUUAAAUAGAGCAGACAGAAGAAAUGUGGAUCUUACAAGCAGUCAUGCACCUGUUACUUGUGGAUCCAGUGAUAAGUGUUGUUUACCAGAUGUGAUUUCCUAUGUUGAUAAUGUGGAGGAGAAUAUUGUGUCCUUGUGUGAUAAAGAAGAAGCCAUUAAUCACCCAGUAAGCAAUGAUAUUGCUUAUGCAAAUGAUCUGGCAGCUGAAUAUUACUUGAAAGCUGAGCAACCGCCUAUCUCAGUUCCUUAUCCUUUGUUAGAAAAGACUGAAGUUACUCAGACUGAUACCAAAGGGCAGUUAGACUCUGUUAUAACACUACUCACAGAUCAAGAGGAUGUGAUUAAAGAUCUUCAAAACGUAGUAACUAAUCCAAUGAUAGUAGGAAGUCAAGAUCUAGAAGAGAUAACUAAACUUAGUUCAAAGCGAGUAUCUUUUAAACUUCCAAAUGAUCAAAUGGAGGACUUUGUUGAUAAUGAGGAACUUAGUUUAAAGAAGACCUUUGUGAAUGUUUGUGCUGCUCCUCAGCCUCAUUUCUCAACUCAACUUCUACUUUUACCUCAAGAAGCCCAAAAUACUGUUAGUGAAGAUGAAACAAUAUUGUCUAAAGCUGGUUAUGAGAAUUUAAAUGCUAUAGGAAAAUCCUCUGGACCCACAUAUAAAAAUAAGUCUACAAUGCUCAAUAAUGAGAAACAGUUCACAGUAGCCUAUGGAAAAGAAUUGAAGGAAAAUAUGCAAACAGUUAAAUGUGGUACAGGUACAGAUCUCCACAGUAAUUCAGACUUAACUAAUCAAGUCAAUCAAAUCCAUGCCAAUCUUAGAGAACCAUUAGAUACUGUGAUUGCAUCUUAUGCUCCAAGUUUUAGUACCAAACAAAAUCAGAAUAAUAAAAAUGGGAAAACUGAAGGUUUUUCAAAUUUGCAAAUUGUUCACAUACCACCUCUUUCAGAACAGUUGCUUGAUUUAGCAAAUAAAGCACCCAAUGAUUUAAGUAUAGUGCAAGCCAUAGACAAACAUAAUAUUAACAUUGAGUCUAGCAAUGCCAAAGAUGACAGAAAUGAACAUAAAAAUUCUCAUAAUGUAUCUGAAAUCAAUUCUGUAUCAUUAAUGACAGUUGUAAAAGAUGCAAAUAAAACAAGGAAACGUUCUUUGGGAAUCUUUUUGCCCCGAUUGCCAAACAAAAGAAGUCAUAAUGUCACUGGUACAGAUGACCUGGAACAGAUUCCAGCCGACACAACUGAUUUAAAUCAUUUAAAAACUCAGCACAUCCUUAGCAAAAAUUCAGGUAUUGCAUCUGUUGCAGUUUAUAGCUUGGAUAAGCUGAAUUUAAGUCCAUCUCAAUAUAUAAAUGAAGAAAAUCUUCCUGUGUACCCAGAAAUUAAUUCCUCAGACUCAAUUAAUGUAGAAACUGAGGAAAAGACUUUGAUUGAAAUAGACCAAAAAGGGCUUUCAUCAUCUGAAAAUGACAUGGAAGAAACCCAGGCUAGUCAAAAAAGAGCUUCGGUACCAGAAGACGAUGGUGCUAUUCAGAGUAAGAAACAAAUCAGAAAAGAUGAAGUUAAACUUAGUGAUGCUGUACAAGACCAGCAGGUAUUUGACCACCAUACUGAAGGAGAUAUGGAUAAAAAUGCCAAUAGUACAUUGAUGAAAAGUCUGACCAGGACCCCACCUAGUUGCAGCAGCUCUCUGGAUUCAAUCAAGGGUGAUGGGGCUUCUCUGGACUUUAGCACACAUCGCAGUAGUCAAAUGGAAUCGCAGUUUCUCAGAGACACAAUUUGUGAAGAGGGUUUGAGAGAGAAACUCAUGAAUGGGAGAAUAACAAUAAAGGAGUUCUUUAUACUUCUUCAAGUCCAUAUCUUAAUACAGAAACCACGGCAGAGCAAUCUCCCAACCAAAUUUACUAUAAACACCCCACCUACUCCAGAAGACCUGAUGUUAACACAGUAUGUUUACCGACCCAAAAUACAGAUUUAUAAAGAAGACUGUGAGGCUCUCCACCAAAAAAUUGAAGAAUUAAAACUCUCUGCACUGAACCAAGAUAAACUGCUGAGUGAUGUAAAUAAGAACUUGUGGGGGAAAAUGAGACAUUAUUCAGAUGAGGAGCUUAAGGCGUUUGGAAUUUACUUGAACAAAAUAAAAUCACGUUUUACCAAGAUAACUAAAGUCUUCACUCACCAAGGAAAAGUGGCGCUCUACAGUAAACUGGUACAAUCAGCGCAGAGUGAAAGGGAGAAACUCCAGAUAAAGAUGCAUGAGAUGAACAUCAUACUUAAAGAGAUCGAUAACUGUCUCACUAAGGUAGAAAUAGAAACAAAGUAUUUGGAGGAUGAAGAGAAAGACAAUGCUCUGAAAGAAUGGGAUUCUAAAAUGAGAGCUGCAGAGAAAGAAUUGAAACAGCUAAAAACCCACGAAGAAGAACUUCAAAGGAAUAUUUUAGAACUGCAGGUACAGAAGCAGCAGAUGCUUGCUCAAAUAGACUUUGUGAAAAAACAAACAAACAAAACUGAAGAGCUAUUGGAUCAAUUGAGCUUGUCUGAAUGGGAUAUCAUUGAGUGGAGUGAUGACCAAGCUGUAUUCACCUUUCUUUAUGACACAAUAGAGCUCACUAUCACCUUUGGAGAGGCCAUAGUUGGUCUUCCUUUCCUGGCCAAGGACUGUAGGAAGAUUACUGACCUCAAUUUUCAAUCGAUUUUGGAUGAAGAUAAAGCCCCUCCUUCCUCCCUGUUAGUUCAUAAGCUUAUUUUCCAGUAUAUUGAAGAACAGGACUCCUGGAAGAAGAAAUGCACAGCACAGCACCAGGUUUCCCAGAUGCUUCAAGAAAUCUCAUUGGUAGUGAAUCAUUGCAGACUUCUUGGAGAGGAGAUAGAAUUUUUAAAGAGAUGGGGACCAAAUUAUAACCUCAUGAACAUUGAUAUAAAUAAUACUGAAUUGAAGCUUUUAUUCUCCAGUUCUGUAGCAUUUGCUAAGUUUGAGAUAACUUUGUCUCUCUCAGCCCAUUAUCCAUUUGUCCUGUUACCAUUCUCCAUUCAAAUUCACCUUGGCAACACUGGCCAAGAUGAAAUUGCUGCCAUUUUAUCUAAUGUGCCACUAGAGGGCAACUACCUGAAGAAUGUCGUCAAGCAAAUUUACCGAGAUCUGCUUCAAAACUCUCAUUGUUACCAAUAGACCAUUGACUACAGGUGUAAUAACCAAGUAGGAUGCAUUUAAUAGUGCUAUACUAGAGUGUCUAUUUGUGUUUAGCUUUUGAAGUCUAGGAAAACUCCUUCUAGUAAUGCUAUAGUUAAUUUUUGUAUAGUUUCUAAAACUCUAUAGUCACAGAUGAUGACAGGCUCACAAAGACUGCUAUUAGUCGAUGUGUUUAUCUUUCUACUAAAGCUUUUAGUAGUAGGAUACUAAGGGAAAUUUCUUCUACCUAUAUCCUAAUGUGGUGCUCUCUGCUAAAGAAAACAAAGAACAACUUUUAUAAGUAAAAGGGGUUAAUACUACUCACAAAAACUAGCUUUCUCCCCAUAUUGACAACUAUGACUUUGAGGUAGCUUGGCUUCUGCCAGAGACAUACUUGUCUGUAUAUAAACUACUCAACCUCCUUGUUCUCCAUUCUAGAAAUAGUAUUAAGAGAGUGCAGUAGCACUCAGCUAUUGGAAUGGCUGCCAUCUUUUGAGGCCCUUGCCAUAUUUUAGUAUAUAGUGUAUAUUAGUGUUUUCUUAAGUAUAUCUUUUCUAGAGAAAGUGCAUUUGUUUUGGCUCAAUAUAUAUAUGUAAAUAUAUUGAUGUUGUUUUUAUGUCUGUAUUAUAGUAAUUACAUUUCAAACAUUAUAUCCCAAACCUCAGUUUUGUCAAGUUCUGAUUGUAUUAAUUAGCUAAUAUUAGUACCAAGUCCUGAAACCACACCCUUUUCAUACACAAAAAUAAACAUAUCCUUUGAUUAUUGAGUGACUAAUAGUUUAUGUGAAGGAUAUAGCUAUGUAAACUUUCCCACAGCCUUUAGUCAAAUAAUAAUCAUGAUUUUGUUGGUUUUAUUGUAAGCUCUAAAACUAUUGUUUAGCUAAUUUGGCUUAAUUGGUUUUAUACUUUGGGAUCAGGUUAAUUUCCUAGGGGUUCCAUGAAUGCUAUCAUCCUUGGCUGGUUUCAGAGAUAGAGGUCAAAAGAUCACAUGGUCUUUUUAAACUUCAGUGUUCCCUUUUUCCAUGAAUUCAUUGGAAAGCUUUUAAAGACAUCACUAGCUUUCUUAUGGUAGUUAGUAUAUUUCUUUUCUGUAAAUGCAAAAAGUAGAGGUUUGAGUACUCUGGAAUGACCAGCUACAAAAACAAUUUGGCUUUAUAAUGAUCAUCUGCUUUCUUGCAUUUGGCAUGCGUACUUGUAAUAUUUACCUCAUUGUUUUAUUUGUUCAAAAUAUUAGGUCAUGUCACAAAAUCAUUUGGAAGUUUUUCCUUCAGUGACUGGAAAGCAGAUAAUUUUUUGCACUAUUAAAAUGAGUUUAUUGAAUGAAAUUUUUAGAAAGCAGUAUCUCUUUUAUGAAGUAAAGAGUGUUUUUACUAUGUACCGAACAGAUCUUACAGCUAUCCUGAAGAAAGCUCCUUCUAAAAAUACCUAAUUGAAAACAGUUAAG